AUGUUCCGCGUUGGAUUGGCGAAGACUGCGCUCAGACCCGCUCGUGUGUACCGCCCCGUGCUUGCCCGCGGCAUCAACACCAUCCCCCAGCCGCCCGGUGGGGUUGUUGGCGACGCUAACGACGCCUACGUUCCCCCUCCCCCCGAUAAGGCCCACGGGUCGCUCCACUGGACCUUUGAAAGAGUUGUCGCUCUUGGUUUGGUCCCCGUGACUCUCUACCCGUUCAUCAACCCCGCUUGCUCGAUCGUCGACACCUCGUUGUGCACGUUGUUGUUGUUCCACUGCUACACUGGUUUCCAGCUGUGCAUCAUUGACUACAUCCCCAAGCGGGUCUACGGCGGGUUGCACAACGCCGCCAUGUACCUCUUGAUGUUCGGCACCGGUGUUGCCGGCUACGGGGUCUACGAGAUGGAAAAGAAGGACGGCGGGUUGGCCCCGCUCAUCGCCAAGCUCUGGAAGGCUUAG